AUCAAAAGUUUUUGCAGUGUAAUAAAGCGGCUGCUCAGCUUCUUCUGCUGUAGGCUCUCUCGCUCUCUCUGUGUCUGAAAACAUCCUCUCUCUCUCUCUCUCUCUCUCUCUCUCUCUCUCUCACAGUCGCCUGACGAGCAGAAAGAGCCUGCAGCUGCAACCAUGAGUUUCGAGAAGAUCAAGGUCUCCAACCCCAUCGUCGAGAUGGACGGUGAUGAAAUGACCAGAGUGAUAUGGAAAAUGAUAAAGGACAAGCUUAUUUUCCCUUUCCUGGAGUUGGAUAUCAAGUAUUUUGACCUUGGACUUGAACAUCGUGAUGCCACCGAUGAUAAGGUCACUAUCGAAAGUGCAGAAGCGACUCUUAAGUACAAUGUGGCUAUCAAGUGUGCAACUAUCACCCCAGAUGAAGCUCGGGUCAAGGAGUUUAACUUGAAGCACAUGUGGAAGAGUCCCAAUGGCACUAUCAGAAACAUUUUAAAUGGGACUGUUUUCAGAGAACCGAUUCUAUGCAAAAAUGUACCCCGACUUGUCCCAGGUUGGACAAAGCCGAUCUGCAUUGGAAGACAUGCUUUUGGUGAUCAAUAUCGAGCCACUGACACAGUCAUCAAAGGAGCUGGAAAACUCAAGCUUGUCUUUGUGCCAGAAGGAUCUGAUCAAAAGACUGAAAUGGAAGUUUUCAACUUCACUGGUGCCGGUGGAGUUGCACUGUCCAUGUAUAACACUGAUGAGUCUAUUCAUUCUUUUGCAGAGGCUUCCAUGAAUACUGCUUAUCAGAAGAAGUGGCCACUUUAUCUUAGUACCAAAAAUACUAUCCUUAAGAAGUAUGAUGGCAGAUUCAAGGACAUUUUCCAAGAAGUUUAUGAGGCUAACUGGAAGUCAAAGUUUGAGGCAGCUGGAAUAUGGUAUGAACACCGUCUCAUCGAUGAUAUGGUGGCUUAUGCUAUGAAGAGUGAAGGUGGUUACGUGUGGGCGUGUAAGAACUAUGAUGGAGAUGUCCAGAGUGAUUUCCUAGCUCAAGGUUUUGGAUCUCUUGGUUUGAUGACUUCUGUGCUGGUGUGCCCUGACGGAAAGACGAUAGAGGCAGAAGCAGCACAUGGUACAGUCACGCGCCAUUAUCGGGUCCAUCAGAAAGGAGGGGAAACAAGCACAAACAGCAUUGCCUCUAUAUUUGCUUGGUCUCGAGGGCUUGCUCACAGGGCCAAGCUAGACGACAAUGCUAGACUCCUCGAUUUCACUGAGAAACUGGAAGCGGCUUGCAUUCGAGCAGUUGAGUCAGGGAAGAUGACCAAGGAUCUUGCUCUCAUUAUCCAUGGCCCUAAGGUUACUCGGGACAAUUACCUGAACACUGAGGAGUUCCUCGAUGCUGUGGCAGCUGAACUGAAGCAAUGCUUGCCUGCUAAGCUCUAGAGUGAGGCUGACACUUGAAAAACUAUUCGCAACAUCGGAAUCUCAUUUGGGAAUAAGGAUGAAAUCAGCAGGGCAUCCUGUCGGGACACGCCCUAACAUUGAAUAUUGUUUUUCCAAUUAAUAUCGUGUUUCAAUGGGUCCAAUGGACGAGUUGUUAUAACUUGUUUCAGAUGAAUCUGAGUUAAGACAGCAGCUGCUAUUCAUUCUCAAUGCUUUCUUGACA